GUUGGAAAGGCAGCACAACACCUCUCGAGUCUCGACCUUGUCUUGUAGCAACAGUGGAGCGGUCUGAAAUAGGCAACGAGAGAUUGCCCAGCCUUGCAGUGCCGCGGUCAUGUUGAACACCAGGAUGACGGAGAUUGACUGGAACGUUGAGAAUGAAAUCCAGUUGUUCUACGCCAUGAUGGGCCACAAGCCUGUCGGAGUAAACAAGCACUUCCAGAUGAUGAUAAUACACGACAAGCUCAGUUCCUCACUCAAUUGUGAACUGUCCACGCAGACCAUCUGGAGGAAGCUGGAGACCCUCUAUGACAUGGCUGCCCUGGAUGAGUCCGAUAAGCUACCCUUCCCAAAUACCCAAAGUGACUUCCACCUUCCUGGGGAGUUCUCUGAUCUACUGGAAGAAAGACUGAAGCCUGAGGUAAAGGAAGAGAAGGAGGAAAAGGAGAUCAGAAUGCGAGGUCGGCCUUCUAAAAAAGACAAGGACAAGGAUAAUGACACCAGGGAAGAAGGUGGGCGGAGAGACCGAGCACGAGAGCUACGAGAGGAGGAUGAAGAUGCUCCCCGCAGGACAGGCAAAAGAGGGCGGGACUCUAAGCCGGCCUCUCCUGCCCACAUGCCAACCUCCAGUAAAAGACGCAGGAAUUAACCCAAAAUGGAGAUAGGUAUUUCUACAAGACAUUCCUUGCAUCCAUGACCACUUACGUCAAGCUGAAAAAUUUUGAUGUGAAAAAAGCCAUUUGUUGCACAACAUAUUACAAUGUAGCUUAAUAUUUAUUGAUAUUUUAAUAGUGUCAUAAUUAGUUUAGCUGCAUAGGGCAUAAUGUUACUCAAGCUUUAAUAUAUAGAUAUAGAAAUUUCACAUAAAAUUGGUUUUGUGAGCUAUAUUUGCAUUUCUAAAAUGCAAUACCACUUUUAUCUUUAGUACUAAACCAGAUACCUCUGAAUGAUGACAAUUUUAAUGUAAGCCUCUACAGUAAUGUAUAUUUUUUGUAAAUUUACUAAGACAGUCCCCAUAGCAGGAACACACACAAGCACACUCAGGUGAUGUGGUCAGUUUUAUUGUCUGUAUAGCUGACUGAUUUUGUAAGCAUAUGUCAGUCUCUGAAUGUCGAGCAUAUUUUUCUUUGGUUGUCAAAAGGACAAGAUACCUCCUAAAACUGUUGUAGGUGAGUGAAAGCCAUGAUGCCUGAUGCAGGAUGUAUUAUAAUGUAUAGUUAGAAUAAAUUUAGUUAUACA